UAAAGAUUAUACAGCUUCUCAAAGUGUCGUUUUUGGAAAGCCGCGACCCCGGCGUAGUAGCCCCAUUCCAGAAGCCGUCACGUGAUGCCGUGACGUAACACAAGGGACGCACCCGCUAUCUGCCAAUUGUCUGUUUGUUUUAACAAUGGCAACACCGACCAUGGACGCUGACGAAGUUGAGACUUUUUCUGACUGCUCGUUUACCGUAGAAUGUAUCUGUGAGGAAUUUGAGUCGGACUCAGAUUCGGAGGAGGUCGUAGGAGUUCUCAUGCCCUACAGAUUUGAGCCAUAUCUCUCUGACGUGCAGUCAGACGAGCCGAAUUCUGACAGCGACGAUGAAGGUGAGGCCGCUGGUGACGCCAUGGCUGAUGGCGGGGAACUUGAAAUCGACGGACAAAUUCCGCUCGAUAGCGAAAGCCGACUGCGGAACAUGGACUGGUGUACUUGUGGGAACUGCGUUGACCACCGAAAGGUGAAGGAGAAUGUGUGCUGCCGGGAGCAGAUGCGUGUUUGUGAGCGAAGGGAGAGGGAGCCCGGCAUUGACUGCAUUACCCAACACCACGGAUUUCCCCAAGUCUGCCUAGCCGUGGACGUACUAGAAACAGCAUACUUUGCUUAUCGGGAUCAUUACGGGGUGACCUUUGGAAACGACUGGAAGCGGUACACUACGUACCGACAGUUUGUGCGCUGGUGCUACGAGUUCCUUGGAAAGAAGAACCGGGUUACUCUGCCCUCUUGCACUGUGGAUGCUAUAAGAAGCCACUUCCCGUCUCCAGACUACACAGGCUUCCGGGAAGCUGACGACUAGAGAUGUCUUCUGCUGAACUUGUGCUAAGCCUACCUACUUUACCUUUGAUAGUGUAGUUGGUAGAAACUUUGAGCUAUGUAAGCGUGCCACACAGCACGUUUCGACGGCGUCAAAAGUGCACAGGAAACACGCAAAGACGGCAGGGUGCAUGUAUAUGGGGCACCCAGAACGGCUGUUUUUAACGGUCUCCACAUUGAUAUAAAGCUAAAACGGUUGACUAUACUCGGGUAGAAUAUAGUUAAUCAUAUUUUACGAUCUUUUGAUUCCUAUGAAGGGCAGAAUUUGAGAAAUUUACGACUUUGCCAAGCCCGUACUGAGCGCCUGUCAGGACGUGGAGCGCCGAUCUGGCCAAGAUCGUUCGACUAACCCGUUCUGAAAAUAAAGAAACAACACCAAAACUAUCAACUUUUCCGCUUGUGAUAAUCUUCAGAUGUAUUACUUGUGGUUUUCUUCGUUGAAGCUGCCAGUUAACCUGCAUAAAGACCUAUAAUUUGGCCGCGGAGUUCAGCGGCACGGCACGAAAAAUCCGCCAUGUUGUGCCGGCCGCUUAGACAGAAAGUAGCCACUUAUUGCGACACAUACAUUACGGCGGUACGGCGUGAAGUUGGCUGGAUGCGGCGCUCGGUCUCUCUUUUUUGUGUGAGUCCGUUACAUGGAAGAUUUUCGGACACAAGCUUGAAGAGAAAUAUUUCUAAGCUGAAUGGUUCAUUUCUAAAUAAUGUAUUUCACAAUAAAAGGCAAGCGGGGGAACUUUCCGCAUGCCGUCGCCACGUGCCAGUCAGCACGUCAAGACGUGCUGAGCAGCACACUGUGACGGAAGUUUUGUGGACUGACGGUGAACUAAUAAAAUGUU